AUGACGAUGCGGCCUGAAACAAUGAAAGCUUUGGAAGUGCGUGUCAAUUCUGUGAUGGCCGAACGUCGCAAAUCACAUAUGCAGACCUUAGGAGCGAAAAACGAAUUCCAAAAUAACAAUGUGACAAGGAACCAUAGAAGUAGCGUAGCUAGCAGUAUUCCAGCUAAGGAGGUAUUUGAAAAUGGGCACGUCAACAAGGCAUUCGUUGAGGAAGAAAUAUACGGUAGCAACAGUGGUAGUAGAAGUUCUCUACCAAGACCACCAAGACCUGCACACAGCAUCGCUUGGGGUAACACCAGCAGAAUGUAGCAACUUAAUGGAUCAAUGUCAGAUGCUAUAACUGCCGCUCUCAUAUGUAUGGACCGACGUCAAAAAAGUUACCUUUCUGAGAGCUAAUCCAUUAAAUUUCAUAUGUAGCUACCCCCAGACGUACAAAGUGGCCUAAAAUGGCUGGACAAUAUAUUAUAACAAAUUAAAGCGAAAACUGGCAUUUACAAGUAUCACGUCAUAUCUUCUUAUACGUAAAAAGAAGAAGAGAGUUCCAGUCUCAUUGUCAAACAAGUUUUUCCAAUUCUACGACUUAUUACACUGAGGUGCUAAACACCUUAAGUAUAUUUUAUGUAAUUCUCGACAUUAAUGUCAUAGCCAAUUAGACGAAGGUUUCAUAUGGAAAUGAAAAAUUGGUCUACAAACAGGCAACUGUUUGAAUUUUUGAAAACAGGGAUGCUGAGUAAAUCCAGCACGUUAUCCACAAAUUUUAGGACACCUUGUGUAAGUGCGAAGUGUGCUAGUCAAGGGAUCCAUAUUUAUGAAUGCUCUCACUUGUGAAUAGACUAGUCAAAUAAUGUCUUAAACCUGCGGUACGCUCUCAAAUUCAGAUUAUUCAUGGAGACUAAUUAAAGGGUUAUCUAGAAAAUAUAUAUAGUAAAUAAUAACUUUUUUGAUAUAGCCGCCGCUAGGAUAAUAAUUUGUAACAUAGUGGAAUGAAAAAGCUCUGACCCUAACGAAGAUUCAAGUUACCGCAUAUAUCAAAACAAACUGAGACGCUACAUUAUUAUAGAGGGUGAUCCAUCUGUUGAUUAAUUUUCAAAUCGAUGGUUAAAAUGAAAACGCAGACUUCUUUUUCAAAACGGGUUUUUUUAUUUUAGAGUACUGUCCUUCCGGCUAAUGAUGAAACACAAUCUCAUUCAUACGCGACCCAAUUUUUCAGUACAUUUUCCAAAGUCCGGCAUUAUCUCACCAAUGGCUGCAUGAAUAUUGGUCUUCAAUCGAUGGAUCACCCUUUAUUAUUAUGCUCAGUGAAAAUUCGGAUUCACGUAUUUUUAAAGUUUGUGAAACAACCAAGUGAUUCUCUACCAGUUUUACUCACAAAAUUGUGUUGGUAUAUGUAAUAUUUAAUUACCCGACAACGACAUUAUGAUUUUUAUGAUUAAAAAAUCGAUUUUCUUCUCUUUCAUUUCGUUGACCUCCCGUAUAUUUUUUGAGUAUGCACAGUGUGCAAUGUUAGUUAUCUUUUCAUAGGCAAAACCAUGGACAUUUUAUCGCACUGCCAAACUACGUACAUCUAAAAAUACUCAUUGUCGAUUUUUUGUAAAAAAAUUUUAUACUUUUUGUACAUACUAGGUUUAAUCGCUUUUCGUAUAUUUUUACAUUUUCAUCUUUUGUAUUUAUUUGUUAUGAUGCAAGAUUUCAAGCUCAACUGCUCUCCUUUACGUACUUACUAGUUGCGUAUUGUAAUUUAUGUACUUUUUUAAUUAUGUGAUGUGGUUAAUAAAACUAUGUAUAUAA